AUGGUUCUUGUCAGGGUUGAUGUGCCACUGAGGCCCAAGAGCCAGCCCCUCUCGGACGAUGAAUCGAUUGCUGAAAGCACCUCCGCGAAAGCACCUCUACCUCAAGCGGCAGAUGGAUCUAGGUUCCAUGUCGAGCCACGCCUGGCGAGCGAUGCCGUCAACAACCCUCAAGUGCCAGUGUCUGAGGAUAGGCAAAAGCGAUAUUGGGCGCAGUUGAAACAAUUGGAAAUACAGAACAGGAAGCGACUCUUAAUGGCUAGACAAGAGAUGGCGGAAUCCGAGCAGAAGCAGGCCAACAACACGAGAGCAAGAGACUCGCUAGAGUCCAAUGUAGUUUCUUCGCGCGAAGACUAUCAUAUGCAACAGAUGGUUCUGGAGCAGGAGAAUGGAAGGAGAUUGACUGGAACGAGGCAUUAG